AUGCCAUCCCGGUGGCGCCAGAGGAAUGCCGACAACGACCAAACCAUCUGUCGAAAGGUGAGUGCACGCGGGGUUUGUCUGCACCUGAACUCUCAUCUCACCGCGUCUGCUUUUUGACAUCGUUCAGGAGACUGGUGGAGGUGGCGAUUGUCUGUUCUAUUCUAUCGCCGAAGGCCUGGCGUCUGGCGGUCUUGUUGACACCGACGGCAGCCCCUACACGGUCCCAAGACUGAGGCGCGUCGUCGCGCGUGCGUUUGUGGGCCGCACGGAGGGCGACGAGUACGACGAGAAGCUGUUCAGAGAGCGCAUGGACGCCUUCGUGGCAUUGGAGGCGAGUGGCGAGCAGUGGCCUGACGAAUGGAGUCCAUUGGCCAUCAUGGAACAGGACGCAUACGUUGAUACCAAAGGUAAGUAAUCACGGCUCUCAUGCUCACAUCCACGGGAGGCGGCUGAUAUAUCUAGAUUUGUGCUCUGUGUGGUGUGACGCCAGGCGUGAUAUGGGAUACGUCAACAAUGGCGCAGAAGGCAGAUGCGGUGGAACAUGAGCUGUCCCAAUGCGGCAACAGCCACUGGGGAACGGCAGUCGACCUCGGUGAGACCAGGCACACACGUGCACACACAAGUCGGGCGAGCAUUCUCAUCAGCUGUCUUGUGUCUGCCUGUCUUGUGGUUUGCACCAUCCAUGCAGAGCUGCUUGAGGACGCGCUGGAUGUCGGCUUCAUCAUUCUAUCGCAGCAAACGGGGCGGGUAUACAACUACCGGCUCGACAGCGACACACCACGCGCGUAUUACAUGCUCCUCUUCUAUCAGGACGACAUCCACUUCCAGCUGGCGGCUCUCGCCGUGCCGGCAGAGGGAGAGAGCAGCGCCCGCUCUGUUGACACGUCCCCCAGCCCCAAGAUGCGCCUCAAGUCUUUGUUUUCAGCUGCCGAGGUGCCGCGCUGUCUGAGGACGAUAUGGCAGGAGGAUAGCAGACAACCAUGGCCAUGCAGCAAGCUCUAG